AUGAAGUGGCAAAUUCCAAUUGUACUCCAAGCUCUAUUAGCUUUUUCAAUUUCAAAACCUACAACUGCAGCUAUUAAUAGUACAUUCGUAAUCGGUAUCAUUGAGCGACUAUACGAUGCUUAUCCCAUGAAAACGUUGCCUAUUUUUUGGAGUCGUUACAUCGAACCUACGGAUAGUUUGUUUUCGAAUAUUUCCCAACAACUCUUCCAGAAAUAUCCAAUUCCACAAAUGCAUUUUACCGAAUCAUCAAAUCAGGAAUUGCGAUACCUAUUGGAUGCCAAUACAACACUUUCCAUUGUUCUCACCGAUCACAUGUCAAUGGAAAUUCUAAAAAUUGUCGCUACCCGAUUGCGAGGCAUGCACUUGGCAAAAUUACUGCUGGUGUUGAGGGAACCAGUUCUUUUGGAUCAAUUGAGAUUUUUUCAAAAUUGGCUUUGGGAGAAACAAUUCACAAACGCCUUGGUACUUUAUCAGGAUAAGUUAAGCAAACAAAAUCAAAUCUUUACUCUUAAUGCUUAUCCGGUCUUGAAAUGGGUCAAUAGGACAGGUUUGACUGAUCCAACUAGGCUUUUUAUGCCAGACACCAAGGAUAUGAAGCAGUAUCCAGUUGAAAUUCUUUACAUGGAAGAUGUGCCAAGGGUGUUUAUUUUGAAGGAAAAUGGAAAGAAGAAAAUCGUUGGGCGCCAUGCAAAUCUUAUACAACUUUUCGCCAAGCAUAUGAAUAUUAAGCUUGUUUACAAUUUUCAGCCGAAUUUGGAUUUGGAGAAAAUUCUGCGAGAGUUCCAUACACAGAAUAUGGAGCUAAGUGUUCAUUCAUAUUCAAUGUUUGAUUUGGAAGAAAUUGGAAGUAGUUAUCCUUUGGAAACGGUUCGUUGGUGUAUCAUGGUGCCGCUGCGAAGUGAGGUUCCAAAGAGUGACUACGUUAUUAUAAGCUUUGAUAGAGCCACUUGGAUUGCGACAGGGCUAAGUGUUAUUUAUAUAGCUCUGUUGUUGCGUUUUAUUGAUCCACCAUCUUCGGAGACACCUCAGAAGUACUUUUUUCUUCGGAGUCUGGCCAUUUUAAUGUACAGUCCAAAUAUGGCGGAAAGGAUGACAAUGCCAACUGUAAGACAGUUCCUAUUUUUUGCGCAGGUGUUUCUCCUUGGAUUCGUUUUAUCCUGCAUUUAUUCUACUUAUCUGACAAGUUUCUGCACAAAUAUGGUGUUCCAACCCCCGAUUGAUAGUGUUGCAGAUUUAGUUAAAGAGAAUCUUCGGGUAAUGGUCAUAGAUUAUGAACUUGAGGCAAUUCGAACGAGGGCUAUAUACGGAGAGACAUUCUUAAAACUUCUCUAUCCAGUGUCUUAUAUUGAAGUUAAUCAACGGCGGGCAAAAUUCGAUGAACACUAUGCGUAUAGCAUUCGUCAAGACCGUUGGAAUUUCCUCAAUAAGCAGCAACGAGGUUUGGAAAAGGUUUUCUUUCGACUUUCGAAAAUUUGUUUUGGCAGGCAUUUCACUAUGUUUCCGUUGCAAUUCGAUUCGCACCUUCGCACGCAUAUGGACAUGUUUAUUCUGAUUAUUAUGCAAGCUGGUUUGGAUUUAUUUUGGGAUGAAGAGGCAUUUCGAAUGGCUGUUUCGAUGAAGUUCUCGAAGGUUUUGGUCGAGCAAACUGUCGUGGUGCAGCCCCUGCGAUUGGAUUAUUUUAAACAUGUUUAUGCGGGUUAUUGGUCAUUGAUUGGGAUAAGUACAUUGAUUUUUAUUGUAGAAGUGUUACAUGAAAAGUUCUUUUUUAUUCGUAGAGCCCUGGCACGGGCUAAGGCCUUGGAAGAUUAUGUUCAGAACGAAGAGAUGCAGAAUAAAUCAAUACAUGAAAUUUAA